UCCUUUUCUUUAUUCUCUUGCUUUCCAAAAACUCUAUUGUCAACACUUAAAUCAUUGUGACAUUGAUUGACAUUGAUAUGUACCAAGUUAGAGAAAGUUAGAAAGAAAGAUAGCAUUUUAACAAGUUGUCUAAGAAAUGGGCUUUUUUGUUUCUUAUGCUGACAGUUGUAGUCUAGCUCUGAGUCCUGUGAGAAUGUGCUGGUGUGGACAGUGAAAUACCGUCUUUAUAUCAAUUUAAUAAUGAUGCUUGAUGAACUUGCUCAGAAACACCAUGAGGUAACUGGGCUUGUCACCUUCAGCUUCCAUCCUCAUUGAUUCCAACAAUUUGCUGUUAAAUUUGAGGUUUAUCCCACAUCUUUUACUGAGAAUGAACUUGAUUUCAUUUUUAUGAAAUUGAUCAAGAUAUGGACAUACAAGUUUCCAAAGAGUACAUUUUGGCAUAUGAUUCAAAGAUGCAAAAAACACAUAUUAUGAAUGUUCUGAUACUGUUCAAAAGCUCUGUGAGUAUGCUGUUUUGAACAAGAAACUUAUAAGGAACAACAAGAUUCCAGAAUUUAUGUCAUUCUUGCAGAUGUCAUUUCUCAUUAGUGAGCUGCUAUCUGAACAGCUUAAUCUGGUAAACAUUUGUUAUACAUUUGGUCUACUAUCAUCCAUUUACAACUGGCAGUAUGUACCAAGAACUCUGUGGAGGACUUUCAUUACCUCCUUCUGAUGUAGCUGUUGUCAUGUCAGAACUUAGUACCAAAAUACAUUUACAGAAAGAUGAAAAAUCUUUUGCAUUUUCUUCAUUUUAACUUUGCAUUUGAUAAUUUUAACAAAAAGAAGUGUGAUCAGUUUUACAGUGAAGUAUUAGGUAAGUUAGUGGUUAAUUUAUUCCCUUUUCCCUCCAAUAUGUGGAAGGAAACUUUCCUUUCUUUGUGUCUGUUAGAGUGUGUUUAUGAAUUAAAAUAAAAAAUAACCUUUUUUGUUAUUUGAAAGAUGAUGUUUGGCAAGUUGGUGGAGACACUGAAACUCUCAUACAUUGUUGGUGAGAAUAGAAAAUUAUUCACCCACUGUGAAAAAGUCUAGCAAUUCCUCAAAAGUUUACACAUAUAUUUACCACAUAAUUCAAUAAUUGCCUUUCUAGGCAUAUACCCAAGAAAAAUAAAAACAUGUCUACAGAAAGCAUGUACAUCAAUGUUAAUCAACGCUAUUCAUAAUGGCCAAAAGUGGAAGAAAAACAAUGUCCGUACACUGAUAAAUGAAUUAAAAAAUUGUGUUUAUAAGUAGCAUCUGAUACUAUUUGGCAAUAAAAAUGUGAACGCUAUUCAUAAUGGCCAAAAGUGGAAGAAAAUCAAUGUCCAUCCACUGAAAAGUGAAUAAAUAAUUUCUGCUUAUAAGUAGCAUCUGAUACUAUUUGGCAAUAAAAAUGAAGUCCUUAUGUACACUAUUCUAUGGAUGGUCCUUUAAAAACAUUAAACUAAAUAAAAGUAGCCAGCCACAAAAGACCACAUAUUAUAUAGUUUCAUUUAUUUUUAAAAAGAUCCUGAAUAGGCAUAUUUGUAGAGGCAGAAAUUAUAUUACUGGUUGCCCAGUGCAGUGUGGGUGCAGAAAUUCAGGUGGGGAGAUGACAGUUAAUAUACAGGAUUUUUUUUUUUUAGUUAAAAUUGAUUGUUAUGUUGGAUGCACAAGUCUGUGAAUUUACUAGGAAAUAUUUAAUUUUAAAUAAUAAUUCAUGAAUCAUAUGGUAUGUGAAUUAUACUUCAACAAAGUUUUACAAGAUAUUCCUUGAACCACGAUAUUCAAAAAUUCUAUUUGCAUUGUAUAAUUACUUCAUCUCUCAUUCUGUGUCAAGGGGCCUGCAGGACUCUCUCACUUGCCACUGUUCUUGACACUAUUAUAAAAUACAUUAUAUAAAACAGGAUACUUGCAAGGUCAUUAAACUUAGGUGGAUGACACCAAAUAUAAACAUAAAAGAAACAUCAAACAUCCUUGAGUAAAUAUGAAGUAAUCGAACUUUGUCUCCUUGCCAUCCAUGUACUCAGGAUGCUCAUAUAAUGUAUUUACUUUGAAUUGCAGGAGUUAUGUUUUAACUUGAUUGAUUUAUCUCCGUAUAUAAGUAUGAGAAAGAAACAGUGACUGGAAAAGAAUUAUCACAUUGCACCAGGAUGGCUCUGAAAUGGACUACAGUUCUGCUGAUACAACUCAGUUUUUACUUUAGCUCUGGGAGUUGUGGAAAGGUGCUGGUAUGGGCCGCAGAAUACAGCCUUUGGAUGAAUAUGAAGACAAUCCUGAAAGAGCUUGUUCAGAGAGGUCAUGAGGUGACUGUACUGGCAUCUUCAGCUUCCAUUCUUUUUGAUCCCAACGACUCAUCCACUCUUAAACUUGAAGUUUAUCCUACAUCUUUAACUAAAACUGAAUUUGAGAAUAUCAUCAUGCAAUUGGUUAAGAGAUUGUCAGAAAUUCAAAAAGAUACAUUUUGGUUACCUUUUUCACAAGAACAAGAAAUCCUGUGGGCAAUUAAUGACAUAAUUAGAAACUUCUGUAAAGAUGUAGUUUCAAAUAAGAAACUUAUGAAAAAAGUACAAGAGUCAAGAUUUGACAUCAUUUUUGCAGAUGCUUAUUUACCCUGUGGUGAGCUGCUGGCUGAGCUAUUUAACAUACCCUUUGUGUACAGUCACAGCUUCACUCCUGGCUACUCAUUUGAAAGGCAUAGUGGAGGAUUUAUUUUCCCUCCUUCCUACGUACCUGUUGUUAUGUCAAAAUUAAGUGAUCAAAUGACUUUCAUGGAGAGGGUAAAAAAUAUGCUCUAUGUGCUUUAUUUUGACUUUUGGUUCCAAAUAUUUAAUAUGAAGAAGUGGGAUCACUUUUACAGUGAAGUUUUAGGAAGACCCACUACCUUAUCUGAGACAAUGAGGAAAGCUGACAUAUGGCUUAUGCGAAACUCCUGGAAUUUUAAAUUUCCUCAUCCAUUCUUACCAAAUGUUGAUUUUGUUGGAGGACUCCACUGCAAACCUGCCAAACCUCUACCUAAGGAAAUGGAGGAGUUUGUACAGAGCUCUGGAGAAAAUGGUGUUGUGGUGUUUUCUCUGGGGUCAAUGGUCAGUAACAUGACAGCAGAAAGGGCCAACGUAAUUGCAACAGCCCUUGCCAAGAUCCCACAAAAGGUUCUUUGGAGAUUUGAUGGGAAUAAGCCAGAUGCCUUAGGUCUCAAUACUCGACUGUACAAGUGGAUACCCCAGAAUGACCUUCUAGGUCAUCCAAAAACCAGAGCUUUUAUAACUCAUGGUGGAGCCAAUGGCAUCUAUGAGGCAAUCUACCAUGGGAUCCCUAUGGUGGGCAUUCCAUUGUUUUUUGAUCAACCUGAUAAUAUUGCUCACAUGAAGGCCAAGGGAGCAGCUGUUAGAUUGGACUUCAACACAAUGUCGAGUACAGACCUGCUGAAUGCACUGAAGACAGUAAUUAAUGAUCCUUCAUAUAAAGAGAAUAUUAUGAAAUUAUCAAGAAUUCAUCAUGAUCAACCAGUGAAGCCCCUGGAUCGAGCAGUCUUCUGGAUUGAAUUUGUCAUGCGCCACAAAGGAGCCAAACAUCUUCGAGUUGCAGCCCACGACCUCACCUGGUUCCAGUACCACUCUUUGGAUGUGAUUGGGUUCCUGCUGGCCUGUGUGGCAACUGUGCUAUUUAUCAUCACAAAGUGUUGUCUGUUUUGUUUCUGGAAGUUUGCUAGAAAAGGAAAGAAGGGAAAAAGGGAUUAGUUAUAUCUGAGAUUUGAAGCUGGAAAACCUGAUAGAUAGGGAUACUUCAGUUGAUUCCAGCAAUAAAUAUUGUGAUGCAAGAUUUCUUUCUUCCUGUGACAAAAAAAAAUCCUUUUGAAGUCUACCUUGUCAAGUAAAAAUUUGUUUUUCAGAGAUUUACCACCCAGUUAAUGGUUAGAAAUAUUUUGUGGCAAUGAAGAAAACACUAGGGGAAAUAAAAAAUAAUAUAAACCAUA